AUGGCUUCGUUGAAUGGCAGUCCUGCCGUAGCUCCUUCAAGGCAAACAAGAGAGCAGGCAGCUUCAGAGCUGUUGCAGGCCUUUAAGAACUUCAGGCCGCGCCGUCGUGAGGCUUCAAGUACCCCUCAGCCAGCACCAGAGCCGCAGAAACCCUGCAGUCCUGCAAACAGCCAGGCUACUGAAAAUCCAGGAGCAGGAACGAGCGUAGCUCAGCAAGAGACCCCGACUACUACGCGGUCAAUCCAGGAUGGCACCUCUCGCAAGAGACUCCAUAGCUCUCCUAUAGAGCCUACUGCUGGAAAUGAGCAAAGCGACAGCGACGCUCCCCUCUUUCCCGCCUUGAAGCGCACUCGUCAAAGUUCCAGCAAAGCACAAGAUAGCCCUGGAAGACCAGCAAGCGCCUCAUCCAAACAAGUUGUGAUCGACAAAAAUGUUGAUUCUCCGAAGAAACCUCAGACUACGCGGGAGGAGACCGGCGCUCUACAGACAGUGAAUGGUAAUACCAGCAAGAAAGCUGGCCAAAGUUCUCCUCCGGCGGUGGUCCCUGAUACUGCUAUCACUCUGAAACCUAGCGUUGCUGAAGGCCUUGUUUCAAAAGAAGCUGUGGCCAUGAACGGACAGGGACAGAUGGGAGCAAAGGAUCGUGCUCCAUUGGCCCCCCAAAGCGUACAAAGCAUGAGAAGCUUCGCCGCUCAAUUAUUGGUCGAGAAUCAGAACGGCGACUUUUUGAAUAGCAUUCCAACCGAAGCCAAGCCAAAUCUCGAAGCAAAACUAGCCAAAGCGACUGCAGAUACCGUCAAGUUACACCAGGAAAAGGUCGAAGCUAUCAAAAGCGAAUACGUCACUGAGCUGCAGAGGGACGUAAUUGAACGGCAGAAGGUGAUUGAUAUGCUUCUACAAAAGCUGUAG